GUUUUUUUUUUUGGUGCACAAGAAAAGCCGCUUAUUCAUAACACUCCCAGAAGCAGGUGUAGGGCAGGCCACCUAGACACAUGCGUUGCAUUGUUCUUAAAUUAAAAUCUACACAUCGAGACCAAGGGGCUUCCGGAGGAAUUAAUUGCACCGGAAAAUGGUUUCGCAAUGUUAAUUGACAUUAGAUGCGCUUCUUUUGUUCGCCCGCAUCUAUACUUCCCGGUUGUGAUUGUCGAGACGCACUAGUUAGGUGCGAUCGCAAAUGACUUGACAUAGAUAGCGGUGGUCGCAGGUAAACACUUUCUUUCUGAAAAAUAGAGGAAGAAUUGAACACGAUGACUGACCAGUACAGUAUGUUUCUCACCGCCGCUCCCCCUCUGAGAAGAGGAAGCACACCUCUACCAAUCAAGCACCAGCUGAGGCGGGAGGAGGCCGUAUCAGAGGACCAUGACUGGAUACCAGGGAUUGACGAGCCGGCCACGCUGCCAAUCAGUGACGCCCUUUGCCGGGAUGAAUCAUUUAGUCAGGCAUCGGAGGGGUGUCAUGGGAGUGCUAUAAGGAUCGUACUACUUGGGCAGAAUGGGGUUGGAAAAUCGGCACUCUCUCUGGCCCUGGCUGGACUGUCAGACAGCUCACUGUCUGUGGACUCUGAAACAGCCUGUGGAGAAUGCUACGAGCGCACGGUGUCAGUUGACGAUGAGCAGAGUUCCGUCAUCAUUUAUGACAACUGGAAACAGGACCUGUCCACGCUGCAGUGUGAGGUGGUUGUCCUGGUGUUCUCUGUGACAGACAGGAGAAGUUUCCACCGCACCGCCCAGCUCCGCCUCAUCCUCAGGGAGUCGCUGCCCCACACUCCCAUCAUCCUCGUGGGCAACAAGAGUGACCUCGUCCGCUCUCGGGAGAUCAGCACAGAGGAGGCCCACUCCAGUGCCAUGAUGUAUGAAUGCCAGUAUCUGGAGCUGUCUGCCUCCCUGGACCACGGCACCACCGAGCUGCUGGAGGGAGCGGUGAGGGCUGCCAGGGGUGACUGCGUGGGGCCGGGCUGGACGGAGGGGGACCCUGGGGCGGGGCGCAGGGAGAGCCUGACCAGUAAGGCCAAGCGCUUCCUGGCUGGCCUGGUGCCGCGGUCCUACGGCCGAGGAGACCGGGACAGGGGUCAGUACAGGGAGAUGAGCAGACACCGGGGCAGCAAGAUCCUCCGACAGAAAUCACGCUCCUGCCAUGAUCUCAGUGCAAUGUGACACAUCAGACAGACCGAGAGAGGAGGUGAGGUGUGUGAAAAGGGGAGGGGAAAAAAUUUGAGGAAAACAGAGGAUGGGAGAUGAGUUAUGGAGGGAAAAACUGGGACGGGGAGAUGGAGAGAAGUGUAGCAAUGGAGAGGGAGGGGCCGUUAGAAAUGAAGCUGUACCUUAGGGAACGCGAGAGCGAGAGGUGAAGUCAUUAGAAUAGCAGGAUGAGAUGAAUACUAGUCGACUCAUUAUGCAAUGUAGAGGGGGGAAAAAACAGUCACAUUGUAAGAAAAAGGGGAUUGGAAAAUGAUUGUGCAAGAUGGAAAAUAAUGAGUGUCAAAUAAACACACACACACACACACACACACACACACACACACACACACACACACGAGGCACGCACUGUCUAAUUACGUAGAGACUGAUAGAGAUCUAACGUAGACCUUGGGCUGUAUUCAAUCUGGAUCGCCGGAACGUUCCAGAUUGCGUGCUAGAAAAUGUAUUGGUCGUUUCCAAUUAAGCCGACAUAUGCAGCGUUGACCGUGAAUACGCGAUACAGAUUGAAUAGAGACCCUUAUAGUCCCCGUUUUAAAAGCAUGCUGUUACACUGUGAAUAGAGUAGCAGAGAGAGGACUUUCCCCCGUAGGCUCAUUAUUAUUAUUAUUAUUAUUAUAAUGGCUUGUAUUCCCUUAUUGGCCGGUAGCUACGGUAUACAACCCCCCUCCCCUGCGAUCGCCAAUGCAAGGCCCUUUAUAAAAGCCGUGCACUUUUUAUACUGUGGGUUUUCAUGUCGAUUUUCAUGUUUGCUGCAUAAUCCCUUUAAAUCAGGUAUAGAUUUGGGAUGUAUUUUCUUUUUCUACCGCGACCCCACAGAGACAAGAGCUUGGUUGGAGCGGGUCAUAUUACAGUAGCUAUUCUGAAAGUAAAUGUAGACUCAGGUCUUGCGGUUAUAUAAAAUCUGGCCACCUAUUCACCUUUACACUGACUCCAUGGUAAACAUCCCUGCACUCAGUUAUGAUCCUAUAAUAGGGCCUGGAUUUUUUUCUCACCUGGAAAAACUCCAGGCCCUACCUAUAUAUAUGCAGCUACUGCAGAGCCUAGCGAUAAGUAAAUGGCUCUAAAUGAAAAGAAGCAAUAGUUUUAACUAGGGCCCAGAGUUUUUCCUGUUCACAUGACUUGAAGACCUAAUCAGGGAAAACUCUGGUCCCUAUGUGUAGACACAGACUGGCAGAACCCACUCAACUAACUACUGGCUGAGUCAGAGCACGUUGGGUUGCUACAGGAAGAUCGACGAAGAUGAGGGUUGAGGAGAUGACAAGAGAGACUCAACUACCUGUGGCUGUUUCAUGUUAGAUUGCUUUUUGUGUUUUUUUUUUACCUGCUGAAAUUGUAUACACACUCUACAUACAUACAUAUAGGGCAUUUGCAUAUACGGAUAACUACCAAAAUAAAGGAAACACCAAGAUAAUAGUGUCUUAAUAGGGCAUUGCGCCUUGACAUAGACUAUACAAGUGUCUGGAACUCUACUGGAGGGAUGUGACACUGAAUUCGAGUCCAAGUCACCAAUGGUCGAGUUACGUCCAAUUUAUAAUAGGUCUUAUUAUGCAAUUGUUUCUGGUCACCACCAGAUGGCAGUAUAUUGUCACUCCCUCAUGUGGAAACUCAACUAAUUUACUAUUCAUCACUACCUCACAAGUUCUACUCAAUACCUGUGUUUCACUACUUAUUUACUAUAUAAAUGAAUGGUAAGUCAGGCUCUCAACUACUUGUUUGUUAUCGACCCACUGACAUUUGUGUAGUUUUUAUUUAUUUAUUGCAGAGUGAAAACUAAAGGGAGACUGGCUAUGGGAUGCAGAGGGGAAAUUGAGAGGGUAGAGCAAGAUGACAAAUUCAACGAUUGUUUUCAAUUUGGUAGAGCAGACAAAGCUAAAUAGUAGGCUGGUGGUUACAGGGAAGCAAGAGACACUUGCGCGAUGUGUAGCCUAUGAUCGGAGCCGGAGUGGAGCCUGACUGCCCACAAACAUCACUUGCUCCCCCACAGCUCACAAGCUGAUGUAGGCUGCAUGUGCCAGGUGUGGCAUGUCUUUCCCACUGCUAGAGAGCAGAGUGCUUGCUGCUCUGCACACCUAGUGCCACUUAUAUUCUGCGUCUCAUAAUAGCCUAUCCAGUCCAAGUGCAACGUUACAAGAAGGCGAGUCAACAAUUGCAUCCUGGUCUCAGAUAAUUUUGUAUUAUUCUAUAUGUAAAUCCGAGACACCCCAUUUAGUGUGAUAUGUUACGUUUCGUAUGGUAUGUAUUCAUUUUUGGAUGCCCAUCCAAUUCAUAUGAUAUGUUAUGAAUUCAAAUUUGUUGUGGCUAAUGUUAACAUUUAACAUUUAAGUCAUUUAGCAGACG